AUGGCUCGUGAACUCAGGCUAUUGUAUUCGAUUCCUUUGAUUAUUUGUUUGACGCAGGUCAGGGCGUUGGGAAUUCCUAGAGAACAACUAGUCCCAUGUUAUUACAUAUUUGGAGACUCGUUGGUAGAUUGCGGCAACAACAAUGAUCUUGAUACGCUAGCAAAAGCUAAUUAUCUGCCGUAUGGGGUUGAUUUCCCGGAUGGUGUCAAUGGAAGAUUCACCAAUGGUCGAACCAUUGCAGACAUUAUCGGUCAACUUCUUGGUUUUCAAAAGUUCAUCGAGCCAUAUACUACAGCAACUGACGAUGAUAUUGGCAUAGGCGUAAACUAUGGUAGCGGUAGUGCUGGUAUUCGAGAGGAAUCUGGAAGUCAUCUGGGUGAUCGGGUGAGCUUGGGUAGGCAACUACUUAAUCAUGAAGCCAUAGUUUCACGUCUUUCACUCAAACAAGAUAACAAGACAUUUACAGAGGAAUACCUCAGUAAAUGUCUUUACAUAGUAAAUAUUGGAAACAAUGAUUACAUCAAUAACUACCUAAUGCCGACAAAUUACCCUUCGAGUCACCAAUACACAGUGGAUCAAUUUGCAACCGUCCUAAUGCGACAGUACACUCAGCAACUUAAGACUUUGUACAGAUUGGGGGCGAGAAAGAUUGCCGUAUUCGGUUUAGGUAUGAUAGGGUGUGCCCCGGCUGAGAUAGAAAGGUUUGGCACGAAUGGAAAACCUUGCGUGGAAUGGAUUAAUGACGCGGUUAUGGUAUUUAAUCAGCAACUUAAGCCUCUUGUAGAUGAGCUCAACAAUGGUUACCCUGAUGCAAGAUUCACAUUCAUUAACCUUACAAACAUUUUAGCCCCAAAAGGAGGAGUGGCAUUGCCAAAUAAACCUUGUUGUCCAGUACGAGAAGAUGGACAAUGCAUUCCUGAGUCAAUUCCAUGCCCGAACCGGGCUUUAUCUGUUUACCUCGACAGUUUUCAUCCCACGGAAAUCGCAAAUAGAGUCCUUGCGAAAAGAUCAUUCAACUCACUAUCUCCGGUGGACGCGUCUCCUUAUGAUAUUUCCCAAUUAAAUAUGGCUUCUUAUAACUUCACCAUGGUCUUUCGUAUCCUCGUGAUAGUUGCAACAUUGAUCCAGUUUCAAACAUUGGUCGUCGUUGCCGGUGAACCACAAGUCCCGUGCUACUUCAUAUUUGGAGACUCGUUGGUAGACAGUGGAAAUAACAACGGACUCACAACCGCGGCUAAAGCAAAUUAUCCACCUUACGGGAUUGACUUUCCUCAAGGCACAACCGGAAGAUUUACCAAUGGCCGAACCAAGGCAGACGUCAUUGGACAACUUCUAGGUUUUGUGGAUAACUUCAUUCCACCUUAUGCUACUGCAACUAACCCAGAGAUCAGCAAGGGGGUAAACUAUGGUAGCGGUGGUGCUGGUAUUCGCGAUGACACUGGAAGAAAUCUGGGUGAUCGGAUCAGCUUGAAUAGGCAACUACUUAACCACGCAUCAAUAAUUUCACGACUUUCCCUUUUGCAACGAAACAAGACAUUUACUAAUGAAUACCUUAAAAAGUGCAUUUACGUGUUAGAAAUGGGAAGCAACGAUUACAUCAACAACUAUUUGAUGCCCAACAAUUACGUGACAAGCCGUAUCUAUACUCCGGAUCAAUAUGCAGCAGUCCUCGUCCGACAAUACUCUAAACAACUAAUGAAUUUGUAUAAUUUGGGAGCAAGAAAAAUUGCAGUGUUUGGGUUGAGUCUAAUAGGGUGCACUCCAGCUGAGAUCGCAAGGUUUGGCACAGAAGGAAAACCAUGCGUUCAGCCGAUCAAUGAUGCAGUUGAACUGUUUAACAACAGGCUUAAGCCGGUUAUUGAUGAGAUUAACACUAACUUCCAAGAUGCAAGAUUCACUUUCAUUAACAUGACCGGCAUUUCAACACCAGAAGGAGGUUUAGUAUCGCCAGAUCCUCCAUGUUGCCAAGUGAGGUCAGAUGGACAAUGCAUUCCAAACUCCAUCCCUUGCCCCAACCGCGAUGUCACUAUUUUCUACGAUGGUUUUCAUCCCACGGAAAUUGUGAACUCUUUCUUUGCAGCACGAUCAUAUGUCGCACAAUCUCCCAUGGAUGCUUCUCCUUAUGAUAUCAGACAAUUGGCUCGCCUUUAAAAUCGAAUGUAUGAGAAUUCAUGACAGAAAAAAGUUACAUCUUGAUUUUUAAUUUGUUGUUU